CCAUGCCGGCAGAGGAGACCGAGACCCAGAUGAAGAAUUCCAUCAACCAGAAGCUGAUCGAGGCUGGGGAGAAGGAGCGGCUGAAGACGCUGCUCAAGGAGCGGCUGGCAGACAGCGACUGGCACGACCGACUCAAGGACCAGUGCCGCCAGGUGAUCAGGGAGAAGGGAGCCGAGAACAUCACCGUGGACGACCUGGUGACAGAGAUCACACCCCGGGGACGGGCGCUGGUCCCCGACUCGGUCAAAAAGGAGCUGCUCCAGAAGAUAAAGGCGUUCCUCGCCGAACAGGCUAACCUGUGAGGGUAUGAAGGCCCGUUAACAGUCAACACUGAGUGUGUUUCAAAUGUAACUUUCAUUACACUGCUCAAGCAGCUUUCCCGUGCUAUGAAGGAUAUGUUUUAUCAAGUUCGCUGCAUUAUAGCUGCUCGAUGACU